CGCCUCUCCAGCACUGCUGGUACGGUGCUGGCCAAACAUUUCCGUCUACAGGCUGUCGUCUCUCUUCAUUCGCUCGUUCCAUUGACGCUCAUUUCCGCCAUGUCGCACAAGGUCUCGCGUCGCGAAUCGAACACGCCGAAGGAGAAACCGACGAACGAGUCUCUUUCUUAUAAUUUAGAGGAACAGCUGGAUACGGAUGAGCGUCCCAGCAGCACAAAACACGUUAAAAGCGCCACAUCAAAGGCUAAGGAUGCAGAAACGACUCACGCGUCUUUGACUAAGAUCAACACCGACGUGGAUGUGAACGCGGUACCUGAUCCUAUACCUGACACUGGACUGUCUCUCACGACUUCUCUGCCUGGCACACUCACCGUGUACACUGGUGUUCCUCCUGCGAUUGCUUCAGCAACUCAUACGCCUGGCUUCUCUCCCCUCCCAUCGCUCACUCCCCCGCCCGCGCUCAUUACCUCAGUGGCAUCAACGCCGUACUCGCUAGCACCAUCUCACAACGAUAACGCAGCUUCGGCUGCGUUAGACUCUCAGGGGCCGCAGACGCAGACGCACCCUGCCCGACAACUUUCGGCGGUAAUCAUUGUGCUCAUUGGCAUUGGCUCGGCUUUCUUGCUUCUUCUUGUCUUCGUUCUCUGUAGGAUGUUCAGGAAACGUCGGAGAUGGAGUUAUCCCACGCCAUCUCGCCCAAUCCUGCAAGACCCGUUCGCCGAUCGAGCCACAGAUGGCGAUGAAGAGUCGCUUUUCGGAGGCAAAGAGAGGAUCUCCGGGAGGCCAGGUAGCAAUGGCUUGUGGACUUGGACGCAAUAUCCACAUCCGUCUCUGGAGAAAUCUCAGGUGAUUCAUGCUAUCAAUGAACAUGCAAGCAAUGGUAGCACUCGCAGGCUUGUUGAAGAGGCUCAGCAACUUUCAUCCUGUUACGAGGAAAAACAUUCGACUACUGCUGUUAGUCACCGACUCUCCCGUGCUGACACCACACUCCCUCCGCCUGUACAGCAAACCUUGGGUCGGGCCGCGAAGCGGGUUUCCGCCGUUUCCGCGUCUAUCUAUCCUGGGUCACCUCAGUCUACUCUCGACACAUCUGCAAUCGGCCUGGCUAUUGGAAGCGCGUCACCGUUCACAGCAGACGGUACUCCUCUUCUGCAACGCAAUGCAUCGAAAGCUUCGAACCGGCGUAUGUCCAGGAGUAGGCGAAGUGUGCGUUAUAGUCUUCACGAGAAUGUCAAUGCAAGCGUCCCGGCGGAUGCCUACGAUGGUGUUCAAGCAUCAUCUCGGAACCCGUCGCCGGGCGUGGUCCACAGGAAGUCAAGUUCUCUCCAGGGUCGCGCACGGGUGAAAGCUCCUUAUGCUCCUGGUUCAGUCUUGCGUGCAUCUUCCACAGUCGCGGCCUUUGCUGCCGCUCAGUCGAAUCCUUUCGAUGACUCGCAAUAUGUCUUGCCGCCCUUGUCUCCUGCGUUGAAGACGGAAGCCACCAGAGAGCGGGACACUAAGGCUUUGACGUCUGCCCUCGGCUUAGCAAGUCCACCUCCUCUAUCACCCCAGCCUACCCUAUACCCUGACGACUCUAUCACGCUGGCUGGAGACCGCCGUAACAAACGUAACACGCGUCCGCAAAGUCAGCUACUCAGCCCGAGCACAGAAGCAAGUGCGCGACUUGGAAACUUGAUGUUGGCCGAGUUCUCCAGCAUGGCAUCGUUGCCUUCAACGCGUACCAUCGCAGGCACUGGUGAAUCUACCCUAACGCGGAACAGGAGCAGGAAGAGGACCGAUGAUAAGCCUCCGCGCGUACCGUCCCCUCCACCGAUGCCUUCCUUGGCACAAAUGGCCCUGGCGCACACGAAUCCGGAUGACUUUGCCGAUUAUAGAAGUCCGACCUACAGUAUCUAUGGACUGUAUGAAACUGAUAGAAAGAGUCGCGCUCCCGGUGAAGGCGGCUAUUGAAAUUUGCAUAGAAUAUCUCGUUUGUCUUCACGAUUGGAUUUGUAUUACUGCCCGAACUCAUGUUGUACCCCUAGUCAUCUGCAUCUGUAUCGUACGCACUGGAAUAGAUGUGAUCAGGAG